CAGAAAUACCUUCCUCAAUUUUUACAAGAGGAAACGAAAUAGGUUAUUUUUUAAAUUAUACAUUGUAUUUUUAUGUAUCACUGUUUUAUUCAAUUGAUUCUGCCCUUCCUGAUAUGACGACAAAGACCAGCUGUAUUCAUUCAUUGAUACGCUUCCGACUCGGAAUUAAAACCAUUCUGCAAAUCUAAUUUUUAGCCUCAUACCAUUAUAAAUAAGUUUCCAGUAUUAGUUGCUAUUAGUACAUAUCUGCUGGGCUUUAUAACUUCCUACAUAAAUGGUCCUAAAGACAGGCUAUAAAAUGUACAACACAGGGAAAAAAGGAAAUUAUAUUGCCACGUCAGAUAUAAUGCCCCAACUGGAAAUUAUGUUUUUCUGAUUUAAAUUCACAAUCACAAAUUAAAAGCAUAUCUACAAGUAAUCUUGUGUAAAUGAUAAUUAAUGCAGGAUCAAUUCAGAAUAGAUUUUCAAGAGGACAGUCACAUUUGUUUGACAUAUCACACUGCAGGCUCCAUUUGCAUGUAUUACCAGCACAAAAAGUAAUUGUCAAUCUAUAGUUUAAUAUCCCAGACUAGAUUACAAUUCCUAUAAAAACAUUGAUGGAAUGUAUGUUCCAAUGUGCUCCAUUAUGAACAAAAAAAAUACUGCCAAACUCAAAUUUGAGCCCCAAAGAGAGAAUGAUUUGAUCCCACAAGGUACCCAAUUUCUUGCUGAGAGCAGAUAAUUUUCAACUUAAUUGAAAAACAUGGCAACAAUUCAAUCUACUCCCUUGACAUCAAACCACUGGGUUUCACCUUCACAUAAAUUAGAACUUAGUUAUUCACCCAUAUAUACUUUUCCAUAUCACAAAUGAAAAUUGCUCAUCUGUUUUGAUAUCUGCACCAAUGAGUCAUAGGUCAUAGAAAGAUCAAUUAUUAUGAAGUAUCUUUAUUCACUGGUCACAUAGCUACCAAUUGUAGAGUCAUCAGUGAUCUAUGUUGCUAAAGGUCUUUGGCUUUAGUUGCAAUUACACUACUUACUUUGUCCAGCGGAAGCAAGUUACUCAAGUGACCAGGUUAUCUGAACGCAAAAUAAUGGAUUGUAGAGAAGUGAUCAUAGAUAAUGGUUCUGGGUUCUGCAAAUCUGGGUUAGCUGGUGACUGCUUUCCAACAUCAGUAAUACCAUCAGUUGUCGGUACAUUCAAAGCCAAGGGUAACUCGCGUGAAUCAUGCCCAACAGAAACUUAUUUUGGAAAAAUGGCUCAAGCUCAGAGAGGCAGUGCGACUUUAAAAUACCCCAUUGAACGUGGCACAGUAACUUCUUGGGAACAUUUAGAAAAACUCUGGAAGCACAUUUAUGCAUCUGAGCUUCAUGUCAAAUCAAAAGAGAGGCCAGUUUUGAUGACUGUUGCUCCAUUGACAUCUUUCUUUAACAGAGAGAAGAUGACAGAAAUCAUGUUUGAAUGUCUGAAUGUGCCAGCAAUGUAUCUUGCUAUUCCUGCAACUCUGGCACUCUAUGCAUCAGGACGCACUCGGGGACUAGUCUUAGACAGUGGUUUUGGAUUAACUGACGCUGUACCCAUCUACGAAGGCUACUAUUUGCCUGAUGCUGUUAAAAGACUUAAAUUAGCAGGAAAUGAUAUUACAGAAAAUAUCAGGAGACUCCUCUUGGAAAAUGGACAUAAUAUCCCAAGUACAAUCUCUAAAGAGGUCUUUGAAAACAUUAAGGAAACAUUGUGCUAUGUUGCUCGUGAUCCUAAUCAGGAAGCUAAAAACCAGAUGGACAAUCUACACCAGGAAUAUACGCUCCCUGAUGGAAAUCUGAUUACAAUCCAAAAGGAGCUCUUCAAAGCACCAGAAGUACUCUUCACGACAGCAAAUGUGUGUUCGGAGGAACCUGGAAUCCAUAAAUUAAUCUACAACAGCAUUUUAAGAUGCGAUAGAUGCUUGAGAAAAGAUUUAUUUUGCAACAUAAUACUCUCUGGUGGUUCCACAAUGUUCCCGGGUCUGGAAGAAAGGUUACUCAAGGAAAUUAAGUGUCAAGUACCCAGUGGAUUACAAGUUACUAUCUGUGCACCAAAAAACAGGAAUUAUUCUGUUUGGAUAGGUGCUUCAAUUUUAACUAGCUUAACAGCAUUUAAGGAUAUGUGGGUCACUUGUAAUGAUUACAGAGAAUAUGGGCCAACCAUAAUUAACAAAAGGUGUUUUUAAGAAUUAGUUAAGUGAUUGAUUAAAUUUUGCCUGCAUCAAACCCAUUAAUAAAUAAUUCAGUCAAUCAAUUGUGUUUGAUGGUCAAAUUUAAAAUAAAUAACUGAGUUUAUUAAUUAAUACAAUGCAGUUUAUUUUUAAGCCAUCCAGGAUAUUCAGCAACCUCAGCCCCAACAAAUAGCUCGUGGAUUUGCAGUCCAGGUGAUGGUUUAACCAAUAAGUGUUAAAUUACCUUUUUUAGAACUUUCUUGAACAAACCAUUUUUCUUUGAGAAUUUAGGAUUAUCAAAGGAGAUUUCUUGGGACUGUAACCAAUUCUAUGACUGGGGGGAACAUAUCAAGAAUGUUUUAAUAUGCACUUUUUAGAACAAUCCAAUAAAUUAACUCAUUAUUCGACCCCCAUGUAAUCUUAGUCUGUGUUCAAGUCCACCAGAUAUAACAAUUAUUGGAAAGGGGCACAUGGUUGGGAGAUCUUGCAGCAUAGUCUAAAAUUAUAAUUCCAUUAUUCAUAUUGAUUGUUUUAAUUACAUUUAACACAUAAACUCCACACCUUUUGUUCUUCCAGCCAAUCAACUCAUUUUCAAAAUUAGGGAACACAUUCUCAUCUCCCAUUACUAAACUCGCCUUUCCAGAGCUCUGAACGUUUCCCCAUCAAAUUUCCACCCCAAAAAAAAUCAAAAAAGAUGAUAUCGUGUUUGAUUGCAGUGUAACCUUCCUCCUCAACUUCCUUGAACAUUCCAUCAUCUGAAAUGGAUGAUCUCAUCAUUCUUCUCAAAUGCUUCCCCCCCAUUAUCUUGCUGAAUGUGGCUACCCUUGCCUGGUUGAAUUCUCUUCUAUCCAGUUGUUGCCAGAGAACUCUCUGCAGUGGAAUUUCUCACCACUCUUACGCCACCAUCGCCAAGGUGUCCUCACAGAUUUUUACUUGUUUGUGUAUUUCUCAUUUAGGUGAGCACACCACGGCAUUCAAAAAUCGUUAAUUUCCACAUAUGUACUGAAAAAAUAUCUAGCAGAUACUCAGAACCUUGAUAGGAGGCUACAUUUCAUUAUCCAACAUCAAAUCUUGUUCAGCUAAAUGAUCAACAAUUGUUUAACUAGAACUAUAUAAAGAUGAAUACCACUGCAUUUCAGGAGUGGAUCAACAACAUCUAUAUAUAGCUAUUAAUAGAUCAUUCCUAUGAAACACUCUACCUGCUUGCAAAUCUUAUAUAAGGUAGCACAAUUACCACAACAUUGAACAUUCAAGAUUUAUAAACAGAAAUCCCAAAUCACAACAUAAUGUGGAAGCAUUCAAGUUCAGUUUAAUUCAAACUCACUCCAAAUGCUUCCUGAAAUUAAUCUCUUCCAUUUUUACCUCAGCAAAUGAAAACAAUAAAAUCUAACAAAGUUUUAAACAAAACACAAAAUACGCAUUCCACCUCAAUAUAGUUACAAAGAUAGACCCCUGAAUUGAAAUGUGCAUUUUAAUACAAUUGAAAAUUUAUUGAAGAUAAAUCCUAAAAUCUAGCUCUGAUAACUUUACAUUCAGAUUUGUAUCUGGCCAGUCACAAAUACAAAAUAUCUUGCAAAAGCAUCACUUC